GUUGUUGUCAUGUCACAACGAGGGACGGGCGGAUUAACGGUUCCCUGAUGAGAAUUAAUCACCCGUGCAGAGGCUCCGUGAUCGUGACUGUAACGACGAUGAUGUCGAGUAAGAGCGUGGAGUGGCUGCAGGACGAGCUGGAGUCCGGGUCCAGCUCGCUGCUGCUGCUGGACUGCAGACCCCACGAGCUGUACGAGUCGUCGCACAUCGAGUCGGCCAUCAACCUGGCCAUCCCGGGCCUCAUGCUGCGGCGACUGAAGAAGGGCAACCUCCCGAUCCGCUCCAUCAUCCCCAACAACGAGGACAAGGAGAAGUUCGUCAAGAGGUGCAAGACGGACGUGGUUCUGCUGUACGACGAGGCGACGUCGGAGCGACAGGAGUCCGGGCUGGGGAGCUCCGUGAUGGGGCUGCUCCUCCACAAGCUCCGGGACGACGGGUGCAAGGCUUUCUUUUUGGAAGGAGGUUUCAGCAAGUUCCAGUCUGAGUAUCCUGAUCACUGCGAGACCAAUCUGGACUGCUCGUGUCCCAGCAGCUCCCCACCAGCCUCCGUCCUCGGACUGGGAGGGCUCCGCAUCAGCUCCGACUGCUCGGAUGGCGAGUCUGACCGCGAGCCGGGCAGCGCCACUGAGUCGGAAGGCAGCCCGCUCCCCAACAACCAGCCAGCGUUCCCCGUCCAGAUCCUGCCGUACCUGUACCUGGGCUGUGCCAAAGACUCUGCGAACCUGGAUGUGCUCAGCAAGUACAACAUCAAGUACAUCCUCAACGUCACGCCCAACCUGCCAAACAUGUUCGAACACGAGGGAGACUUCAAGUACAAACAGAUCCCCAUCUCUGAUCACUGGAGCCAGAACCUCUCACAGUUUUUCCCUGAGGCCAUUUCAUUUAUUGACGAGGCGCGGUCAAAAAAGUGCGGCAUCCUGGUCCACUGUCUGGCCGGGAUCAGCCGCUCCGUCACCGUCACCGUGGCGUACCUGAUGCAGAAGCUCAACCUGUCGCUCAACGACGCCUACGACUUCGUCAAGCGCAAGAAGUCCAACAUCUCCCCCAACUUCAACUUCAUGGGCCAGCUCCUGGACUUCGAGCGGACGCUGGGCCUCAACAGCCCCUGCGACAACCGCGCCGCCUCCCCGCAGCGCGAGCAGCUCUUCUUCACCACCCCGACCAAUCACAACGUGUUUCAGCUGGACACGCUGGAGUCCACUUGAAAGGGAUGCUCGCGUAACUGUAACCGCCCCCUCUUUUUCUUUUUUAAAUUAAAAACCGUGGUAAGAAGCGGCUGCACCGGACGAGCGCGGCCAGUUUUGUUGAAUGUUUCAGCCUCCUGAGGCUCCCUCGUCUGAGAGCCUGGCCACGGAGCGGCACUGGAGCGACRGGAGGGGUCGUGAAAGCCACGUUUUUAAAGGAGGCGUAAGGGGAUUUUGUUUGACCCCAGAGGGGGAACAGCGGGUUAAUGAUCGGGCCGCCCUCGGCGCUGAUCGAAAUCGGGGAUUAAAAGCCCUGAUCAACUUGUCUCGUAACAAAGAACAGGGGCGACUCUCUGUAGUUGACURAGAAAAACUGGACAGCUUCGUACAAAGAUAGGAACAUGAAGUUGGAUGACGGCGUUCUCCCUUUGUGUUCGGUGGAGAAUCUGGAGGUACUAAUCAGAAACUUCACUCUACUGAAUGUAGAGUUUUUAAAAACCAAGGAAUUAAUACACACACACUUAAAGUAUGUAUGUUUGUACUGUAUGUAUGUUAACGUACAGAACAUGUAUGAGCAGUCCUUAACAAAUUCAGUAUGUCUAUAUGCAUUUUUGUAUAUUUUUAUGUACAUUUACGCACAGAUCUAUACCUUAUAUAAAUAUAUACUCUUUA